CGGUUCGAGUUCGUGACUCGGCGCUUUGUUCCGGUUUCCCUUACGCUCUACCCUCGUCUUCCCCAUUCGUGGGUUACCCGGAAGGCAGUCGAUCCAGAUCGCGAAGGAAAGCGAAGACGAAGUAUGGGAGUGCCAGCCUUCUACCGAUGGCUCGCCGACCGCUUCCCCUUAUGCAUCUCCGACGUGGUCGAGGAGGGAAGGGUAAGUGAGAGUGCUUCCUCUCAAGCAAGUGUCUCUAUUGCAUCUAUGAGGCCAAAUAAUGUUCACUGCGUGCAGCCUGCCCCUGCCACUUAUGAUGGUGUUUUCAAAACCAUGUUUGACUAUAUUGAUCAUCUCUUUGGACUGGUUCGUCCACGAAGGCUGUUCUUUAUGGCAAUAGAUGGUGUUGCUCCAAGAGCUAAAAUGAAUCAGCAACGUUCUCGGCGUUUUAGAGCUGCAAAAGAUUCAGCUGAGGCAGCUGCAGAAGAGGAAAGGUUGAAGAAGGAAUUCGAGCUUGAAGGAAGAAAGCUGUUUCCUGUAGAGAAACCUGAGACAGCCGAUUCAAAUGUUAUAACACCAGGGACAGAGUUCAUGGCGGCACUCUCAAUUGCACUUCAGUAUUUCAUACAUUUGAGAUUGAAUCAUACUCCUGGAUGGCAGUCAAUCAAGGUUAUAUUGUCGGAUGCUAAUGUGCCGGGAGAGGGUGAACACAAAAUUAUGUCAUAUAUUCGUUUGCAACGCAACCUUCCUGGUUUCAACCCGAACACACGCCAUUGUUUAUAUGGCCUGGAUGCAGAUCUGAUAAUGCUUUCUUUAACAACACAUGAGGUCCACUUUUCAAUUCUAAGGGAGGUGAUAACCAUGCCAGGGCAACACGAGAAAUGCUUCCUGUGUGGCCAAACUGGACAUCUUGCAGCUGACUGUAGAGAGGAUAAGAAGUCUAUGGAGAGUUCACCUAUCUACAAAAAGAAAUAUCAGUAUCUUAACAUCUGGGUUUUGCGGGAAUACUUGGAGAAUGAUAUGGAAAUAUGUGAUGCUCCAUUUCCAAUAAACUUUGAACGGCUUGUGGAUGAUUUUGUCUUUAUGUGUUUCUUUGUUGGGAAUGACUUUCUACCACACAUGCCCACUUUGGAAAUUCGUGAGGGUUCAAUAAAUCUUCUUAUGUAUGUUUAUAAACGGGAAUUUGUAGCAAUGGGUGGCUACCUAACAGAUGCUGGAGAGGUUUCAUUGGAUCGGGUGGAACAUUUGAUUCAGUCAGUUGCAGUUUAUGAAGACCAAAUAUUUCAAAAGAGAGCUCGCAUUCAACAGGUGAAAAUCUAUGUUUAUAUAUUGUUUUAUUGGAAAUUGGCUAUUACUUCUCAUGGCAUCAAAGAGCUUUUUAAGAUAUUGUGGAUUGCUUUUCAGGUGAAAUUAGGUGAACCUGGAUACAAAGAACGAUAUUAUACCGAGAAGUUUGGUGUACAAGAACCAAAACUGAUUGACAAUGUCAAAAGAGAUGUCGUACAGAAAUAUGUCGAAGGCCUUUGCUGGAUAAUGAGAUACUACUACCAAGGUGUCUGCUCUUGGCAGUGGUUCUAUCCCUAUCACUAUGCUCCAUUUGCAUCGGAUCUAAAAGGUUUGGCUGAUUUGGAGAUCACCUUUUUUCUUGGUCAACCAUUUAAGCCAUUUGAUCAAUUAAUGGGAACGCUGCCUGCUGCUAGUUCAAAUGCUUUGCCUAAGCAAUAUGGGGCAUUGAUGACUAAUCCAAAAUCACCAUUAUGUUCAUUCUAUCCAAAAGACUUUGAGAUAGACAUGAAUGGCAAACGUUUUUCAUGGCAGGGUGUUGCAAAACUACCAUUCAUUGACGAGAGGCUACUACUUGCUGAAACUCAGAAACUUGAAGACACUUUAAUGGAAGAAGAGAAGUCACGCAAUAGGAUCAUGUAUGAUAUAAUCUAUGUUCAUCAAAGUCAUCGAUUGACAGUGCAGAUUGCUUACUUACAUCAAACAUUUUCCCAUCUGUCAAUUCAAGAGCAGCCACGCUAUUGUAUUCCAAUCGAAACAAAUUUCAGUGAUGGAAUGAAUGGGUUCCUUUGUUUGUGUGAGAGGAAUCGCUAUAGUGCUUCAAUAUCUACUCCUAUUAAAGGUUUAAUCGAUGUUGAAAACAAUAGAGUCUUAAAUGCUACGUUCAUGAAUCCUCUAUAUCACCCACAUAUCCCUGAACCUCCUAAAGGCGUAAAAAUGCCAGCAAAGAUAUUGAGACCAUACGAUAUUAAACCUUUUCCCGGGCUGUGGCAUGAAGACAACUAUGGGCGACGCCAAAAUAGAGAGAGGCCACAGGUCUCUGGAGCUCUCUCUGGUCAUCUUCUCGGAGAAGCAGCACAUCGUCUUGUUAAAAAUUCUUUACAGAUUAGGUCCAACAAUAAUGCUGGCUUGCUUGACUUGGCAUAUCGCAAUGGCCCAACUUUUGGCAGCAAAGUCAAACCUACUGGCCCACUCGGAUAUGAAAGAGGCUAUGAGAGUCCGAAUUAUUAUCAGUAUUCAAAUACUGGUAUGCAAGGUUUCUCAAACUCGAGGCCAAAAAUUCAUGACACUCAAUUUAGUAAACAAAACACGAGGAUGCCAGAAUCAUCAAACUCUCACGGUCAGUCAUCAUAUUCAAAUACUGGUAUUGUACCAGAUGUGUCGCAGCUGAGAUUGGAAAAUGGCCCAAAACAGCAGCCUCAGAUACGAAUGCAAAACCCUGGGUUUUCUGUACCGCAACAACAGUCCAUCCUGGAUGGUGGUCCGCCUCCUCCAUUCCCACCUAUGAACUGGAUCGACAAGCAAAUGACGAGAGGUUAUAGGAGCAAUAUUAGUAGGAAUGAGCCUAUGGACUCCCCUGGUGAACAAGUAACCAGAGGUCAUUCUGGUGGAUUUGGCAGGCAAGAGUUUUCAUCCAGAAACAUAAACGAUAAGCAGCAGCUGAUACCAAAUAAUAAAGUCUACCGAGUCAAAUCAGCGAUGUCACAGGACCCGCCCAAGUCUACUUAGUUAUGAAUCUCUUUGUACGAUUGCACCUUUGCUUCCUAACAGGAUGCAAUUCCCAUGUACUCUAUUUCCCCAGUAUAUUUAAAGUAUAACAGAUGGAGUUUAGUGGAUGGAUCGUUUAUUCCCUCCCUUGUGCUCUUUGCUGGCAGGCUAGCAGCUCAAAGUGAAUGGAACGGAUCACACUGGUCCAGUGUGUUAGAUUAUUACUCUGUUGUACGGGGGAUAGCGCAUGUAUUUUGAAUUCCCCCAAUAUGUAGGAUAUUUACUAGUAAUUACUCUCAGACUUUCAAAGUUUCAA